AUGUUCUACCACGGCCAUGAUGGACUCUGUGUUGUGGUAUUGGCCCUUACAUACCCCUGGAGGAAGCAUGAACUUCAUCACGUUGAUAAAUUGGACUGUCAUGAUUCUUUCUAAUUACUUCAAUGCAUGUUUGUUGGUCCUGGCUUCGUCCCUCUGGGGUGGAAACUGCAAAAUUCUCAGGAUAGCAUGUACCUCCAAUAUUGUAAAGUCUGCCAAGCAUACAAGGCACCAUGGUCACAUCGUUGCAGAAAGUGUAACAGCACCAUUGGGUUGUAUUCAUGCUGCCUUUAUUUUUGUUAUGACAAUGUAUACACAGCUUUAUAAUCGGCUCUCCUUUGGGUGGAACACGGUAAAGAUUGAUAUGAGUGCAGCCCGGAGAGAUCCUCUUCCGAUUAUUCCGUUUGGAUUAGCUGCAUUUGCUGCCACCUUGUUUGCCUUGGGAUUAGCUUUAGGAACAACCAUAGCUAUUGGCAUGUUGGUUUUUAUCCAGAUGAAAAUAAUUCUCAGAAACAAAACUUCUAUUGAAUCAUGGAUUGAAGAGAAGGCUAAAGAUCGAAUUCAAUAUUAUCAACUAGAUGAGGUCUUUGUUUUUCCUUAUGAUACGGGAAGUAGAUGGAAGAACUUUAAACAGGUUUUUACGUGGUCAGGGGUCCCCAAAGGAGAUGGACUGGAUUGGCCAAUAAGAGAAGGCUGUCACCAGGACAGCUUAACAAUAGAACAGUUGAAACAAAAAGCAGAUAAAAGAGUCAGAAGUGUUCAGUAUAAAGUAAUAGAAGAUUAUAGUGGUACCUGCUGUCCUUUGAAUAGAGGAAUCCAAACCUUCUUCAGGAGGCCCUGCACUCAACAGCCUCGGAUAAGGCUACAGAAAGGGGAGUUCAUUUUAGCCACAAGAGGCUUACGAUACUGGCUGUAUGGAGAUAAAAUUCUUGAUGAUUCCAUUAAAGAAGGUGUUUCAAGAAUAAGAGGAUGGUUCCCUAGAAACUGUGUAGAAAAGUGUCCCUGCGAUGCUGAAACAGAUCAAGCCCCAGAGGGCGAGAAGAAACAUAGAUAGCCACUUUUAAAGUAAAAUUACUCUAAGUCCGCUCCAUUACUUGAAAAUUGUACAUAUUACUAAAGAAUUAUGCAAUGAGCCUACUCUGGUUAAGGUGUUCUUUUCCUCAAAGGUGCCCUAGUGCCAUGAUCUGAAUAUUUUCAUUAUCAUUUUGAAAUGGAGAAGCCAUUCUGCACAUACCUUUGAAUCCCUGCACCUCGAUGCCACCGCUCCCUCUCCCCAAAAGGAAAAACACUUCACCCAAGUAAGUCGAUUGCAUUUUCUCUAGGAUUUUUUUAUGCACUGCACACGAUGGACCUCACCUGCAGAUAUAGUUCCCCCUUU